CAGAGCUCGCCCUCCCGCCUUCCUCUGAAAACAAACGGAAGAAACCCAAACAGAUCUGAACCUGGUACAUUUGGACCCACACAACCGGUGAAACGGGUUUUCUGACCAACCAUAACUGAAGCUGUAGGUUUGUGGCGCGGUGUAUUUUAUAGCUACUGGGAAAAAUUUUGCCUACAACCAGUCGAAACAUCCUGGCGACUGAGCUAACAUUAACAAAAGAAGAAGAGGCUAGCUGCAGUUUUGGAUGCGGGGCGUAAUUAACUAAAUGACCAGCAGAAUGGACUGCAGCACCGCUAAGAUGGCACAUAAAUCUCCAGGAAAGAACAGCUCUGCCUCUGAUGACGAAGAUUUCAUUCCUUUGUCGAAGAUCCUGAUGAGACCACAGAGUGAAGCGAAGAAGACACGUGACAACACCCGCCGCUCCAACCCAAUUUCAAAAAUGGAUCAAGCUUUGGAUGACUCUGAUGAUGAGCCGCUGAUGAAGAAGAAAAAAACUUUGGGACCAGCAGCGGAACAGAACAAGAAAGAAAACACGCCACCUAAAUCUUCAGGCAGAAAAACCAAGAAAGCGGAUACUGACCCAGACAACGACUCCGACAACGAGCCUCUUUUAAAAAUCGCCAAGUCGCCUUCUAGAGCUACAAAGAAGCCGAGCUCAGCAACACCGAAAAAGUCUGUUGAGAGGAAAAAGAAAGUGGAAAAGGAUGAAAGCUCUGAUGACGAGCCUUUGAGUAGAAUUGCUAAUAGACUUCCGAGACUUGAGAGAAAAGCAUCAACCCCAGUAAUGAAAUCUAAAAGGGCUACAGCGAGGAAAUCUGUUAAAUAUGCAGAGUCUUCCAGUGAACAGAGCUCAGACUAUGAGCCUUCGGCAGUGGUGAAGCAGAAGAAAACUGAUGGUCCUAAAGCACAAAAGACCGCGGCAAAGAAGAAAACAAUUACAGAACACAACAGCUCAGAUGAUGAAGAUGAGCCUCUGGUGAACCUCAUCACCAAGAAGAGGAAACCUGCAGAGAAAAGCACAAAGAAGGGCGGCGUGUCGCAAGGCAGGGUAUCAAAGAAGAAGCAAGAACCAUCUGAUGAAAGUUCGGACGAUGAACCUCUGAUUAAUGUCGCGAAGAAGAGUCGCACAAACAAACAAGCAAAAAGCAAAACAAAGGCAACUCCCAAGAAAAGAGGCACUGCUUCCAAAAAGCCAAGAAAGAUGCCUGCAAAAGAUUUAUCAAGCGACAGUUCAGAUGACGAAGCUGUAACGAAGACUGCUGAACACCCACAAGUGACCAAAAACCUGAGAAUACUACUGGAGAGGUGUGAUGCCAAAGUUACAGGAUCAACAGGACGUCUGGAGAAAACCAGAGCAGAAACACGAACUGCUGACGAACCCACAUCAGAAAACUCGGAGGGUUUGGAGGACUCAUCAGGGCACGAAUGAGCAAAAUGAAGGAAAGUUCUCGUGUUUCUCUGACAAACGCCACAGAAAAACCACAGUAGAGUUAAUCAGUGUGUUUUAUAUGCAUCCUUUUAUUUAAAACAUGUUCAGUCUUAGCUUUCCCCUUUUCUUACCAAAUUUUGCAGGUUUCGCAGUUUUAUGUUCGGAUGUUGAUUUUUGCUUGUGUCAGAUGUUUCUUUUGGUUUUAUGGUUUUUAAGAAAAAUAAAUGUUACAGAAAUGAAUUUGUUAGGUAAAAAAAAUUGGACCAUAUCACUUUAUAAUGUACUAAUGUUUUUAUCUUUGAGUGAGGAAACAAUGUGCCGACUGCAGAUUAGAGACAUUUACAAAACUUGAUUAAACUCUCCUUCAUGCUGGGCUGAGACAUGGUGAGUUUCCACAGCUCAUAAACAUCUUGGAUGGUACUUCAACCAGACCAGGUCUCCGGCUUCAUUUUGGGGACUUCAUUCUCCUCGCGGUCGCAGUCACAGAUGGAUGACUUAUUAAAAUGAGAUUUUGGAGCCAGUGGUGAUUCCAUAUCUCCAGAAUCUGGGACCGGUGAUCAGCUUGGGCAUGCUUGUACGGAUGAAAUUAAAUAAAAAAUAAAAAGCUUUCUUUAUCCCAAAAGGAAAUUGCAGUGUUGUAGAAGUUGCUGGCUGGAAUGACCUCCUGUAUCUCUGUCCUGAAGUGAACUCGAAGAAGCCUCUGGCUGAACACUUGUUUCUUCACUGUGUUGUGUGGAGGAUGUGAAGAAUCAGCUCCAGCGACUCCAGUUAUCCCCAGCACAGAACCAGCCUUCUUCAUCAAUUAGUUCAGUCUCUUUAAGUCUGGCUCUGAUCCUUCUGCCCCAGCAGAUGCUGCAGUUUCCAUAACACACUUAAAGAAUAUAGAACAUCCUGGAGCAGACAUUGAAGGCUUUUAGCCUCCUGAAGAAGUAGAGUCUGUAGAUGCCUCUGAGUUGCAGUUUUAGUUUAGUCUGUUGUCCAGCUGAACUCCCAGGUACUUGUAUUCCUCUUCCACCUUUUCUCCCAGGAUUUUUAAACAGUGCUUUGUUUUCUCCCGUUCUUCCUGAAGUCGUCUCUUCUGUUUGUGUUCGAGAUCGUGAUUGUUUCUGCUCCAUCUCACAAACUGACCAGUUCUCUGUACUCAGCUUCUUGUCCAUCACCUGAUACUCCCCACAACUGCAGAGUAAUCAGAGUAUUUCUGCAGACGACAGGACUCAGUUGUAUAUGAAGUUUGAGGUGUAGUGUUAAGAGAAAUGGUGAGAGUACAGUCUGUUGUGGUGCUCCACAUCAGCUCAAUUCCCAUUUUUUUGCCCUUAUGUGACUCAUAGGAUUUUUGAUGACAGUCUGAAGGGCCCAAUCCGAUUUUUCUGAUUUCAUCCAAUUUUGACGUCACUGAAGUCAAACAUCACAACUCUGCUGUUUCAUAAUGCGAACCACCUGAAAAAAAUCUAAUUUGAUUUAAAAAGACAUGCAGUGUCUGCACUGUGGUCUGUUACGUAGUCAUAAACCCAGGUGGUUGUGGAGGUUUCCACUCGGAGUUUAUGGAGAUUCUCACAAAACAGAGCAGCUGAAUUGUAUUAAAACACUCAAAAAUCAAAGAACAUGAUCCUCAAAGUGACUGGUCCAGAUGAGAGUGGGCUCUCUGAAGCAGAUAGGUGAUGAUUCUUCAACCCCAAGAACAUUAUAAGCAAACCUGAGUCCUGAAAAGUGUUGUCUCGCUCAUUGAGGACUGCAGGACUUUCAUGAUGUGAGCUGUUAGGACAACUGGUCUGUAGUCAUGUGGUUCUGGGUGGGAUCUUUUAGGUACCUGAACAAGGCAGGAUGUUUUCCACAGCACAGAAACAGGCUGGUGUUGAAAACGUGCAAAAGAAUCCAGAUUAGUUCUGAGCACGUUUUUUAUGCAUCUCCAUAACGUUAUUCCCCAUUUAAACGUCACAAUAACUGUACAUACUCUGCAUAUAUUUCAUGUUCAUAAAACUAUCACAGUAUAACAUGAUGAUGUCCUUUUUCCUCUUCAGUGGCAUCAUUGGACCUCUGUGUUGUUUAUAACUUGUUUUAGUUUUUCUUUGUUAGCUAAGCCUUUGCAUGAACUUGUGAAAAUCGGUAGUGUUGACUUAAACUUUGACAAUAAAAUGAAUAUCAGA